AAAAAAUAAAAAAUGAAUAAACUGUUUUUUAAAAGCUUCAUAAUUUUUUAGACAUUUAAUUAUUAUAAAACAUUAACUCGGAUUUCUAUAUUCGAAUAUUUGUUUAUGAAUAUAGAAAAAAUUAGAAACUGAGACAACAGUAAAGAUUAUUUCAAUUUAUUAAAAUAGGAUGUUUUUAUUUGCAAGAAUUCAAGUUCUAUUAAGUUUAAUUCUUUUUUUUUCAGCGUUUGCUUCAGUUUUUUCUUUAAUGUUUGAUAUUAUAGCAAUGCCUAAAAAUAUUGAAAAUAACCGAUGUAUUCGUACUUAUGUACCUGCAGAUACUUUGGUAACAAUUCAUGUUAAUGUUUUUGGGUCUCUGAAUGAUGGUCAAAAAGUGAAUAUGACAAUUACUGAUAUUGCUGGAAAUAAAUAUGGCCAUUCUAGAGAGAUUAUAGGCCAAAGAAAAAUUGUUCUUACUACAAACAAUGAAUCUACGAUUAUUGUAUGUUUAAAUAAUGUUCUUCUUGAUGGAUUUGAUAGUACCUUUAAUCAUUUCCGAUCAGUAGAAUUAAAUAUUAAUAAAGGUGCAGAUGCUCUUAAUUGGAAUGAAAUUGAGAUUCAGAAACAUUUAAAACCUAUCGAGGUUGAAUUAUUGAGAAUCGAGGGUAUUUCUAAGGAAAUUGCAAAGGAGAUGAAUUAUAUGGAAAGACGAGAACAAAAAAUGCGAGACAUUAAUGAAAGUACAAAUGAUCGUGUCAAAUAUUAUGGUCUUGGGUUUAUGAUUUCUUUGGUUAUCCUUGGAGUUUGUGAAAUUGUUUAUUUACGUCGUUUUUUUCAACGCAAGCAGCUUAUUUGA